AAAUGGUUAAAUGUUGUUCCAUCUAUGCAUGUAGCAUUGAUAGUCCUCUAUAUAUACUUGCCCAUGUUGUGCAAGAGUAGAAAACUAAAACUUCACUGUGCCAUGUCUAAGACCAUGAAGUUGUUUCCACUACUCAGAAAUUCCUAUGUCAUUGGUGUGAUAUCCUUAGUUCUAACAUUGGGAUCACUAAAUGUGAAGGUAGCAGAAUGCAGGGUCGCAAGUGGACCGGGAAACAUAGAAUACCCUGCCAUCAAUUGCCGAAAGCAUAGUGCAGUUUUGACAGAUUUUGGUGGGGUUGGUGAUGGCAAAACAUCCAACACUAAGGCCUUUCAAUCUGCAAUAAGCAAACUCAGCCAAUAUGCAUCUGAUGGGGGUUCACAACUUGUGGUGCCCCCAGGAAAAUGGCUAACAGGACCCUUUAACCUCACUAGCCAUUUCACUCUUUUUCUCCAUAAGGAUGCUGUUCUUCUUGCAUCUCAGGUUGAAUCUGAAUGGCCACAACUUCCUGUACUACCUUCUUAUGGAAGAGGAAGAGAUGCUCCUGGUGGAAGGUUUAGCAGUCUAAUUUUUGGAACUAACCUCACAGAUGUUGUAAUUACAGGUCAAAAUGGUACAAUUGACGGGCAAGGAUCUUAUUGGUGGGACAAAUUCCACAAGAAUCAAUUGACACUCACCAGGCCAUACAUGAUUGAGAUCAUGUACUCUGAUCAAAUCCAAAUAUCUAAUCUCACAUUGGUCAAUUCUCCAUCCUGGUUUGUCCAUCCAAUUUAUAGCAGUAACAUAAUAAUUCAAGGGCUUACCAUUCUGGCACCAGUGGACUCUCCUAACACAGAUGGCAUAGACCCAGAUUCAUGUACAAACACUAGGAUUGAGGACUGCUUUAUUGUCUCCGGUGAUGAUUGUAUUUCAGCAAAAAGUGGGUGGGAUGAGUAUGGAAUUAAAUUUGGAAGGCCAACCCAACACCUAAUCAUUAGAAGGAUUACUUGCAUAUCCCCUGAUAGUGCCAUGGUUGCUUUAGGAAGUGAAAUGUCUGGUGGAAUUGAAGAUGUAAGAGCUGAAGAUCUCACUGCUAUCAACACUGAAUCAGCAAUUAGAAUCAAAACAGCUGUUGGAAGAGGGGCAUAUGUGAAAAACGUAUUUGUGAAAGGAAUGAACCUCAACACCAUGAAAUAUGUAUUUUGGAUGACUGGCUCUUAUGGACAACACCCUGACAAUAAGUUUGAUCCCAAAGCACUUCCUAACAUCACUGGAAUAAAUUAUAGAGACGUUAUUGCAAAGAACGUCACAUAUUCCGCAAAACUUGAAGGGAUUUCCAAUGACCCUUUCACAGGAAUCUGCGUUUCUAAUGUGACUAUCCAAGUGAGUGAACAGAAAAAGAAGCUUCAAUGGAAUUGCACUAAUGUUGCUGGAGUUGCAAGCAAUGUCACUCCUGUCUCUUGUCCAUUGCUGCCAGAGAAAGGGAAAUUUGAUUGUCCUUUUCCAAAUGACAAAUUGCCCAUUGAAAAUGUUCAGUUGAAGACAUGUUCCUCUGUGUAAAUGUCUUCUAAUACCAUGGCUACAUUUGAAUCUUGAACACUGUUUAUGUCAGAAAUUAUAAUUAGAAAAUAAAGUGUUAGAGAUGAAGGGUAUGCAUUGAGGGGCCAUUUUUCUUGUUUAAAGGAUAUUAUUCCUUCGAAUGAAAUCAAU